GACGCACAGCCCAAUUCCAGGAAGACCCACCAAGCGGCGGUUUUUAACUCGAUUACGUGUUUGAAGAAGUUGGGGCUCCCAAGAGCCUCACGUGUAAAUAGAUGAGGGCAUUCUUGAUAUGCAUGGCAUGGCAUGGUAUCGGCAUUCUAGAGAUUUCGGGGAUUCAUGGGGCCUCAAACCGGAGUUCUCGGAGCAAUACGCAGGAACUUGACGAGCGAGAGAGCCGUCCAAGUGCAUUCGCUUAUACGGAAGACGAAGUGGAAACGAAGGUCGGACAUAUCCAGGCCAGCAUGACGAGGCUCACCCACCAGCGGCAGGAAGAUGCCGGGAUGGUGACGAAAGAUGACUGCAUCCGCUGGGGACGGGACAAGCCCAGCAGGAACAGCUGACAAUGGGCUCCAAAGAGAAAGACGGGAUGCCGGCACAAACAGAAUCCCGGAGCCCAUUAAUUUGGACGAGUCCUAUAAUAUUUAAUCUUGUGUGUACAUAGAACGAUUCAUGAUCAUGGCAAUUG